UAAGAUGUUUGGUACAAACGGAUAACAUCUUCGAGUCACUGCAGGGCGCCGUCGCUACUGCAUGUCUUGUUUACGGUGAGGUCAGUUCGCUACGCUGCGGUCCAGCUUAUCAUUUCAGAAUAAAGUCCCAUCUCAGAGUUUAGCAAAAGAAGGCCAGACAAGGAGAGGGAAAAAGAGAGCGAGAGAGCAAGGGGAUGUUGACUUAUCCCUCUGACUCACUCACUCAGAUAGUUUGUCCAAUGGAUGAAGAUGAUAUCCCCCCAAACCCUUUCUGUAGUGCACCUCCCCACAGUGAACCUGCACCACCUUUCCUCUCCCUUUCCUCCAUCACUCCCAGCCGUCCACAUGAUGGAAUAUCUGGCCACAGAAGGAGUGGUCGCAUUCAAGGCAUCCGAGCUCAGACUCCUAAAAAACAAAGUAACACAGACAGUCAAGCGGCUCAGAGACCGAUUAAACAGAAUCCGUCCCCCACAAAGAGACAAAGAGAGAGUGGGAUUAUGGUGCAAGUGGCACAAUCUAAGCAGUCGAGAGUGGAAGGAACAGAUGCACACGACAGCCAAAACAAGGAUGGAUUUGAUUUUGGCUUUACAGCAGCUUGGCAAAAUAGGCAAAAGGACCAAAAACUCCCAGAGCAGAAAUUAAAUCUGUCUCCAGGAGAAAAUGUUGUUAAACUGUUGGAUGAAAAUGUCCCAGAGAGUCUUGAUGCCGCCAAAUCUGACAUGGAUACAUGCGGGGAUGUGGCUGCUGGACACACUGUUGAAAAUGCAUAUUCCCCAAAGGGAUGGGUGAUCGGCCCAUUGUUUCAGUCGUUCAAGUCAAAGAUGGCCAGUUUCACAGAGAUAGUCAUGAGUCCUGUUAAACUUUUCCGAGCCAGCAGUCCUCCACCGUCAGUGGACCAUUCUGACAGACUCGAUGAGCUAAAGGCUGAUGGAACAGCUGAUGUUGAGCGUUCAGAGCCAAGCAGUACGCUUCAUCCUGAAGGACAAAGUGAAAAUGAGAAUCAGCACUGCAGAGCUGAUCAAAACGAGCUCACUAAUGUAGGAGAUGCACAAAACACACAAACUGUUUCUCCUAAAUAUUCUAAAACAUUAAAUUUUGAUGAGGAUUCAACAAUAGGUUCAGAAAUCGUUGAUGAAUUUGCAGUACACCAGAAGGAAAAAACCUCACCUGCCUCAGUGCCUUUGCCACACUGCCCCUCACAACUUGAUGUUUCAGAGUCUGUUGGCUCCUCUGUCGUUUUACGGUCCUCUGCAAGUGUAAGUGCCUCUUGUGAAUCCAGGUCAAAGAUGUGCAUUGUUUUGGUGGACCAGAAAUUCAAGACUUCUGUUCGUCUAAAACCACUUUCCAGAAAACGUGCAGGAAAUAGAUCUGGCUUGAAGAGGGUUGACUUCAAGGAAGAGUCUGACCCAGAGGUCAGUAAGAAGCAGCUUUCUUACCAGAGCCUGGACUCAGGUGACACUGAAAAAAUGCUGUCUUCAUCUUUCUCAGUUUCUUACCCUCAGCCUGGCAUGGACUGUUUUCAGCCCGAUGGUGAUGAAAAGAAGGAGACUGAAGAAAGCUGCCGCUUGGUUCAAGAAAACCUCCAAAAGAGUCUCGAUGACAGUGUUAAUAAAAGGACUCUGAGGUCCACUUUAGAUCUGCAACAACAGGAGUGGCGGCUAAAUCAGGACAAGUGUUCAGUUUCUGGUUUUGUGAGAGAAAAGAGAGGGUUGAAACUGAACUGUCAUUCCCAAGACUCUGUAAAAAGAAAAAGACUGACACCAGAUACACAUACAAAAGUUACACAAAAGCAAGAGUUAUCAAACACAGCUUCAGGGAGAGAAGAAAUCGAGUUAAUUAAUGAAGAAGCACUGAAGCUUGGAAGACAGAGACAGUCUGUUUUUGUGUCAACAAGAACGACUAGGAAAGGAAAAUCUGGUCAAGAAAUGCUUGGUACAAUCAAUGAAGCUGUGUUGCACUCGCAAACUGAAAGUUCCCCUGAUGCUAUGUUGGUUUGUUCACUGGAUAAAAGCACUGGUGUGGCAGAAGACAACCACAUGAGCUGCCAAAUCAAAGCAAGCUCUACUACUUCAUGCAAAAGGCAGAACAGAAUAGUUAUUAGUAAUUCUGAUGUAAAUAUUGAUGCCAGUAUGGGUCUUGAAACUACUGUAGCAAUCACUUCUACAAACCAAGAUGAGCCGUCGUCCAAAGCGCUUGUCCGUCCUUGUAUAAAGCAGCUCCAGAAUACAAGUAAGUGCAGGAAUAUUAACAAGAAGCCACAGAAACGGAAAUCGGCAAAUCAGAUAAGUUCAGUGACAGAAUCAGACAGCUCUUUGGUGUCUACCUCAUCGGUACUGUCAGUGGGCCUAAUGGAAUUUGUGCCUAAGGAUUUUAAUACCUCUCAACAUGCUGAAAAAGGAAAGGACUUGAUAAGAGGGCUGAGCCAGCUGUCUAAGAGACCCAAAAAGGGUCUUAGAGGUGCUACUCAAUCAUGUGUAUCAAGUAGGACUCUAGAGACACAGCAAUGUGUCAUCAACCUUCAAGAGAGUCGGUCUAAAGAAAGGAAAAGUAAAAACUCAACGGAGACUGUAUAUUUUGAAAUGACUCCCUUUGAAAGUAAUUUCCAACCCCUUCCUUCACCUUCACAACUUCAUGUGGACUCUCCUUUAAACAAUGAUAUUGAUAAUAGGCACGCUCAGAAGAAUCUAAAGAGUUCAGCUUCUGUGGCAGAAGAAAUAUUUCACACGGACUCUGAAGUUUUUAAUGAUGGGGGUGUCAGUCUCUCUAAGCUAAGGUCUAGCACAAGAAGAGCUAACAUAAAGCCCAGGCAAGCAGAUAACCAAAGGAGAAAAUGCCGAGUUCUGCACAGUAGGACACGCAAAAGUGAAGAGGUGACAAACUCUGUCACAAUGGAUGAUGUAAAUCUAGCAACGUCAGGUGCACGCUCAUCAGAAAACGACUUCUCACACCGCCUGUUACGCAGCUACUCUUGCCCAGAAAUCCUCUGCCUCCAUCCCCAUGACACAACUUGGACCUCACCACAUCCCAGCAGGGCUCUCACAUCACACCAGUCCUCCCACAGUCCUUCUGUCUCUCAGGCGCAGAAAUCCCUGCGGCGGGCUCGACGACACACAGUCUGCAGCGUGGAGGUGGAGAGGGAGAUCGCCCCCCUGUGUCUUCGUAAAGAGGUGUACCCAUCUAGAAGAUCUACCCUGUACGACCCUGUCACUCAUCACCUGUCUCCUAGUAUUGCACUUUCCCCCAGCACCUCCAUCUCUGCUCUUGCUUCCUGCUUCCUUUCGAGCCCCCUGGCUUUCCUUUCUAAGAGGUUUGACAGCAAAGGAGUUGCUGGCAGUCUCAGCACUUGUAGCCAUGUUUCCGCUCCCUCCUCCGCUUCAUCUCUUACAUCCCCAUUAAGCUCCUCCACAUGGCACCAUUCAAGAACAGAUUCCUCUGGUGCUGCCAUGGAUUCUAGCAGCAGUGGGAAUCCAUUGGAGUGUGAGACUGAGAGGAGACAACAGAGUGAGGAGGAGGAUGAUGGCGAGGAGACAAGUUCUUCCAGUCAGGAGUUUGAAGAUGGUGGGCUAAGAGAGGAAAAGGCUCACUCUGAUUCUGAAAUUAAGAUGGAGCAAAAGCAUGAGGAACGAAGAAAGGUGUCUUCUAUCAGAAUUCGAAAAACUUUACCCAAGCCUCAAAAUAACCUCACACCCAUGGGGCUGCCCAAACCCAUCAGGCUGAAAAAGAAGGAGUUCAGUUUGGAAGAAAUUUACACCAACAAGAAUUUCAACAAACCCCCUGAAAGCCGGUUGGAAACCAUAUUCGAGGAGGUGCCUCUCAAUCGCAGGAAUGGCUCUGAGUCCUGGUUUGGUCAGAGGCGUGUGAAACGAUUUUUAGAGUUCCUGGAGGUCGGCGAGGUCAGAAAACCAAAGAAGCCACUUGUCGGAGUGAGUAAAGCAGGUAUUUCCACUUCCAGGACCCGACGAGGGGGCUUCCUUAAAGACGAACCGUCCCUCAGCGUGCAGGAUGUGGACUCGCUGCUCUGUGCGAAGCUGGAUCAGCUCAAUUUGUGGCUGAUUCAUGAUCAGAAAGACAGCUGACCGAUGCCUCUCAGGUGACUGUUUUGGCAGCCAUUAAAAACCAGAUAAUACUGUCUAUAUAAAUAUUUCAACAUGAAGAUUGAGUGUGCCAGCAACUCUUUUUGUCAACACAGUCUGUAUAAAUGUUUUGGUGGCAAGUUCUAAAUGAAGAAUGUUUAUUCUGUGGCGUUUGUAGCCUGAAAGUUGAAGAACAGUACAUGAUAGCGCCGUUAAAAGUAUUGCCUCAUAAACGUGGUUAAGAAUGUGUAGAGUAAGUCGUUUUUCAAUCAUUGCCGUCGCUGUCCCUUCAGCAAAAAAAUCAGCAAUAUGAAAAGCCAAACUCCCUGUCAGGGUGACUCAGUGCCAUUCACUUACAGUAACUGUGUGUUUGACAAGUGAUAAUGCACGUUGUGUCAGAUUUCUUCAAGUGCAUUUGGGCCAUUUGAGGUGCAACUUUAAAAAAAACCCAAAAAAACCUGAGAUUUAAAUUUUUAUGUUUAGGGGGAAAGGAGAUUAAAGUGUCACAGUUUUAAGAAAAUUGAAAGCCUGAAAUCAUAACCUCAAAGGAAGAAUGGGCUACGUUUUUACACCAGAGAUGUAAAGAGCGAAUCUUAGGUGCAAAUGUCAGUGAGGAGGUGCAGCAAAACCCAACGCAUAACUGCGAUCAAUUUGUAUUUUGUUUUGUUUCUGCCUGUCUGGGUGAUGGAUGAUAAUAUGGUUCUCGACUUAAAUUGCCAGCAUUUAUAUAGUUCUUAAUUAUUCGUGUCAGUCUGUGAUAUGAUGAAAUUGAUCCAGCCUUAAAAUUUCUUGUAAAUUUAUGAAUUUAAUCUUUGGUGUUCUUGUGGAUUACGACUUCCUCGCUAGCCUAUUCACCGAGAAUGGCCCUAAUACACAGAAUCCUAAUCAGCUGUCUGUUUUUGGAAGAAAGCAGUCAAUCACCUUAGAUGUUGUGACCUUACCACAUCAUUGUAAGUGGUUAUAUAGGCAGCUAUUAUUAUUAUUUUUUUUUAAUUAACUAAAUGCCGAAUACAAUUUACUCUUCAAGGUGCCAGGUGGAGAUUCAUAGUCACUGGACUCGGUUUCACAACCACAUUUUGUACAAUCAGUCGUCUACAUGUAGUUUGGACUGCAUACGUCAUUGUACUCAGCUCAGGGCAGAGCCUCAGUGAAAUGUUUGUGUUCGUGAUUUCAUAACUGUGGAGGUUUCUUUUGUAUUAAAUGUGCCAUAAAGACAAUAUGACUCUCCAGUAAGCAUUUCUAAUGAUUACUGGAAGUGUCCACUGCUGUUUUUCCGUGGUGUUUAUAUUUGCAUUGCAAGUAUUAACUUGUCAUUAAACAGCCUAUAUGUGUUUAUUAUAUAUUUGCCAAAUGUUAAUGGGGUUGCCUUAACUGUAAAAAUGUGUUUAAAUAGGUGUUUUGUCUGCACAUUUGUAAUCAUUGGUGGGGGUUUUUUCUGUGCGUGUUAAAAUGUUUCCAGCAACUCAGAGCACAAAAGUCAUUUUAUUAUAAAAUUGUUUAAUGUUUGUAUAAAAGUGCAGCAUAUAUACAUUUGACAUUAAUAAAGCGAAUACAGUAACAAUGCAAUAAUGCCAAUGUGGUACACCAAGAGCAGGACCUCAUAAUGUCCUGAUGAAACACUGCCACGAUCACUGCCACGCAUUUUAUAUCUGGUAGAGACUCAAUCCUGAAGUUAUUCUUUGCUAUAAUUGAGUGGCUUGUUGAUUGAUUCAUUAACUUUCUUAAUAUCUGUAGUUAUCUACAGUAAGGAAGUUAAAGUGUAAUGGAGAGUAUUAAAGUUUGGGUAAUUACUGGAGCGUAACAGGUGUAAUCUUUGAUUUACAAAUGUAUAUGUGUAAUAUUGUGUCAUGUUCUGUAACUAUAGGCAAUGCUGGAUUUUUACAUUUGCAGUUGGAAUUGUCCACAUGUCCAUAUAAUGUCAAAUAAAUAUUACAGCAUAUAACAAACAGUUUUAAUACAUUUAA